CACUGAUCAUUCCUCAUUCAUUCGAACUGGAACACGCCGGCUGCAUAGCACGUACAGGACAGCACACAAAGGACACCGCCCGGUUCAGAACAUUUCGAAUUCCAUCAGCAACAUUAUUUGUCAGACCAAAGCCAAAGUUUGAAGUCAAAGCAAUAUGGCCAAGGCACCAGCAGUAGGAAUUGAUCUCGGAACAACAUACUCGUGUGUUGGAGUAUUUCAGCAUGGGAAAGUUGAAAUCAUUGCUAACGACCAAGGAAACAGGACAACCCCGAGCUAUGUAGCCUUCAGUGAUACCGAGCGUCUGAUUGGAGAUGCAGCAAAGAACCAGACUGCCAUGAAUCCAACCAACACUAUCUUUGAUGCCAAACGUCUCAUUGGUCGUCAAUUUGCUGACGAAACUGUUCAGUCAGACAUGAAGCAUUGGCCUUUCAAAGUCAUCGAAGAGAACAGCACUAAAAGACCAAGGCUUGAAGUAGAGUUCAAGGGAGAAACCAAGACUUUCUAUGCUGAGGAGAUCAGUUCCAUGGUGCUGCUGAAGAUGAAAGAGACUGCAGAGGCAUACUUGGGACUGAAAGUGACAGAUGCCGUUGUUACUGUACCAGCCUACUUCAAUGAUUCCCAGAGACAUGCAACAAAGGAUGCUGGUGUUAUCUCUGGCCUAAACAUCUUGCGUAUCAUCAAUGAACCUACUGCAGCUGCUAUUGCUUAUGGUCUUGACAAGAAGGUUGGUGAGGAGCGCAACGUUCUGAUCUUUGACCUGGGAGGCGGAACCUUUGAUGUGUCUGUGCUUACGAUAGAUGAGGGCAUCUUUGAAGUCAAGUCGACCCAUGGCAACACUCACUUGGGUGGAGAAGACUUUGACAACCGUUUGGUCGACCACUUCAAGAAAGAGUUCAAGAGAAAGCACAAGAAAGAUCUCGCCGUCAACAAGAGGUCAGUGAGGAGGCUGAGGACAGCUUGCGAAAGGGCCAAGAGGACACUCUCAUCAAGCACACAGGCUAACAUCGAGAUUGACUCGCUCUUUGAAGGAGUCGACUACUAUACGUCCAUCACACGUGCCAGGUUUGAAGAAUUGUGUGGUGACCUCUUCCGUGGAACACUCGAGCCUGUUGAGACGGCUAUCCUGGACUCCAAAAUGGAUAAGAAGGACAUCCACGACCUUGUCUUGGUUGGUGGCUCCACCAGGAUCCCCAAGGUCCAGAAGCUCCUGCAGGACUUCUUCAAAGGGAAAGAACUCAACAAGAGCAUCAACCCUGAUGAGGCUGUCGCCUACGGUGCAGCUGUCCAAGCUGCUAUCCUGUCUGGAGACAAGUCUGAAGCAGUGCAGGACCUGCUCCUUCUGGAUGUUGCCCCACUGUCCAUGGGUAUCGAGACAGCCGGUGGUGUCAUGACCGCUCUUAUCAAGAGGAACUCUACCAUCCCAACCAAACAGGCCAAAACCUUCACAACCUAUGCUGACAAUCAACCCGGUGUGCUCAUUCAAAUCUUUGAGGGAGAGCGUACCAUGACCAAGGACAACAACAUUCUUGGGAAGUUUGAACUUGCUGGAAUCCCCCCAGCACCAAGGGGAGUCCCCCAGAUCGAUGUGUCAUUUGACAUUGAUGCCAACGGUAUCCUCAACGUAUCGGCUUUAGAGAAGAGCACUGGCAAGGAGAACAAAAUCACCAUCACCAACGACAGAGGUCGUCUCUCCAAAGAGGAGAUUGAUAGGAUGGUUUCUGAAGCCGAGAAGUACAAGGAAGAAGAUGAUAAAGCCAAAGAAACGAUCGCAGCCAAGAAUUCCCUUGAGAGCUAUGCCUACAGCAUGAAGGGCACCGUGGAAGAUCCACAGAUCAAGGACAAAAUCGCAGAGGAAGAUAAGGCUAAGAUCUUGGAAAAGUGUAAGGAGACCGUUGACUGGCUAGAUCAUAACCAGACUGCCGAGAAGGACGAGUUUGAGCACCAACACAAAGAAUUGGAAGGUGUCUGUGCACCCAUCAUCACCAAGAUGUACCAAGCUGCUGGUGGUGCCGGUGGCAUGCCAGGUGGUAUGCCAGGUGGUAUGCCCGGUGGUAUGCCUGGUGGUAUGCCCGGUGGUCCCAGCGGUGGAGACAGUGGUACCGGUGGUGGCCCCACCAUCGAGGAGGUUGAUUAAAUACUGGACUGAAAAAAAAUUGAACAGACAUGAAACUUGCCCAUCAUGAAAUGGGACUCGGAUAGAACCCCACAGAAGUAGUAUGUUUCCUUAAUGUUUUGUUGUUGGUUAUGUUGAUACGGUAAAGCUCUAUUUUUUCAGGAAAUGUUUGGUAGAGAAUAUUUAUUGCAUUAAAUUCAAAAUUGCAGUUUCAACUGAAAAACAUUUCAAUUCUUCAGGCUCUUUAUUGCCUGCCUUUCAUCAUGUAUUUGAUGAGUUCACACUUUUCACUUCUCAAAAUAUUGCCAAAGAUAUUGUAAAUCAGGGAUUUGGGAGACUUGAGACAUCAGGCCUGACAUCAAGCUGGUGUCAUGUGAAACAAUAGUCAUGAAUUUUAUCUUAUACAUGUACAUUCAUGUUAUUUGCAUACAUACUUCAGAGCUGCCAACCAUUCCGGAAUUACUCAGUUUUUUCCUCCAAAUUACGGUACUACGUUUUUUCUUCAUAAAAUACGUUUUUUAAUAAUUUUUUUUUUUUUUUUUAACAUACCACACGUCAAGCAACUGCCCUUAAAUGGUGAUUUGAUCACAAAUUCAAUAGAAAACUUAUUUUAAAACAUACUUGAAGAGAAAUAUUCUCAAAAGAAAUGAAAUGCCGAUAAUACCAAAAUAACCACCAAAAAAAUUACCUGCUUGUAUGGAAAAAAACAGCAUGAUGAAUGAACAUUUCUGCAUUGGAUAUUCUCCUCGGGUAUUUUAUGGUAUGACUGAUAAAUAUUUCUUGUUACAUGUGAGUUUUUGUUGACGUAUCCAAGAUGCUUGUGCUAUUUUGUUCCCAUAUUUAUUGUUUUUCCCUUGUGAGUUUUUCUUUCUAAUCUCAAAGUGUGUGAUUCAUUUUUUGUAUACAGUAACUUAUUUAUACAAAUCACUGUGCCUAUAUUGUGAAAAAGAUGCAAGUUAUUAAUUGAGUCUUCAGUUGCUUAUUCCAGUAUCAGGGUAUGUGAUGUAGGUUGUUGUGUAUAUGUUAACUUAUGUACAUGUAUACAAAUCAUAUUGCCUAUUUUGAGAUUUACAAGCUACCGUAUGUCAAGUCCAUGUUGGUGUAUGUACCAAAAUAGAAGACCUAUCUGUUUCACAAUAGAUAUACUGUAUCUGUAUUUAUUGUUCUCAAACCUAAAAUUUAUUGGUGUAAAACUGUUCUGAAUAAAAUGUCUGUGAUGACCCAUUUCUAAAACUCAAA